UCCCUCUUCACGCAUGCGCGGUGGCGGUGGCAGAGGCGGAGUUGGAACGGUACGCGCGCGGUUGGCGGAAUGGUCUUGAACCAGGUACGGGCCGUUUUCUUUGAUCUGGACAACACGCUCAUCGACACGGCCGGGGCGAGUAGAAAAGGCAUGUUGGAGGUGAUAAAGCUCUUACAAUCAAAAUACCAUUACAAAGAAGAAGCUAAAACCAUCUGUGACAAAGUGCAAGUUAAACUUAGCAAGGAAUGUUUUCAUCCUUCCAGUACUUGCAUUACUGAUCUCAGGACUUUACAUUGGGAAGAAGCAAUCCAGGAAACGAAGGGUGGUGCAGCCAAUAGGAUAUUGGCUGAAGAAUGUUAUUUCCUGUGGAAAUCUACACGUUUACAGCAUAUGAUACUAGCAGAAGAUGUCAAAGCCAUGCUCACUGAACUUCGAAAGGAGGUCCGCCUACUUUUACUGACAAAUGGAGACUGCCAGACCCAAAGGGAGAAGAUCGAGGCUUGUGCCUGCCAGUCCUAUUUUGAUGCUAUCGUUGUAGGUGGAGAGCAGAAAGAAGAGAAACCAUCACCUUCCAUAUUUUAUUACUGCUGUAGUCUCCUUGGAGUACAGCCUGGGGACUGUGUGAUGGUUGGUGACACACUAGAAACUGAUAUACAAGGAGGUCUUAAUGCAGGGCUAAAAGCAACAGUCUGGAUAAAUAAAAAUGGAAUAAUGCCACUGAAGUCAUCCCCCAUGCCACAUUAUAUAAUUUCUUCUGUGCUAGAGUUACCUGCUGUCUUACAAAGUAUAGACUGCACAGUCAAUAUGUCAGCUUAAAGCACAUAAAAGGACAUGAUUAUGUAUUUUAGGGUAAAAUUACAGGGUUUGAACUAAGAAAAGUUAAGGCAUUCCAUAUAUUAUGACCCAGUUCUAAGAAUAAUUUUACUUAUGAUUCAGUGGCCAGCCAACCAUUGACUGGUAUUUAUAUCUGGAAAUCCAGAGUACAUUAAUUAAUACAAGUUAUUUUUAGUAGGAUAAUCCAGAAAACUUGAGGAAAUAUAUUAUUUGUUAAAUCUGUAACUUGAGGUUUUUAAAGAAUUAUUUUAUUAAUCUUUUAAUAUCUUGGAUCCAUGAAGAUACCAGGCAAGAUAGCUUAUACUGGAUUCACAAAUACAGGUUUUAUGUUCUGUCUUAAAAAUAGAUAUAUUUUAGGGGCGCCUGGAUGGCUCAGUCGGUUAAGUGUCUGAUUUUGGCCCAGGUCAUGAUCUCAUGGUUUGUCGUUGGGUUCUUAGCUGACAGCUCAGAGCCUGGAGCCUGCUUCGGAUUCUGUCUCCCUCUCUCUCUGCCCCUCCCCGACUUGUGUUCUGUCUCUCUCUCAAAAAUAAACAUUAAUUAAAACUAAAAAUUUAAAAAAAAGAUAUAUUUUAAAAAUAGAUAUUCCAGAAAAGAUAUAUUAGAGAUUUAUUAGAAUAAUCAGAUCUGGUUAAUAGUAAAUAGUACUAAGUCACAUGCCAAUUAAGGCAUUCCGUAGUGAAAUUAUUUUGCAUAUUUUUUUUAAACAUAUGCCAUAUUUUUGCCUACUUUGAAUUUUAUGAAUCUAAUUUUUCUGCAUGACCUUUUUCUGGGGGUUGGGGGGGGGGUACAAUUUUCCUAUGGUGUAUACACAACAGAUUCCUCCAGUAAAAAAGCUGUUAAAAUCAGCAUGUGGUGCUCCUUCUCUGACAUUUUCACAUCUUUUCAGAGUGUACUUAUAGGUUCUUAUUGUCUUUACCUCUUACAGAAGUAUUUUUACAAUCUUUUCCCAGGUACACAGUGGGUUAAGGGGACUAGGCUGUCUUGCUGAGGAUAAGUACAAACCACAGGGUACCAAGUCAUUUUCCUUCUGUGGAUACUUCAGAGGGGGAUUGCCUUGGUGCAGCCUAACCACGCAGCUCUCCCAUGAAUUCUUUACUGGCCUGAACAGUUUCACCCAUAUGAUGAAAUCUAAGAGAAAAUUAUGUUUUGCUAUAAGAUAUUUCCAGGGUGUCAUUUUAAUAUAACUUAAGGGGCUCUGGGUGUUAACCAUCUGCCUUAAGUCUCCUGUUUUUCAAAUUCUAGGAAAUAUAUCCUUGUUUCACAAUUUUUAUAUCAAAUUCAUUGUUCACUUCGGGCUUAUUAAUUAAGGAUUAAGGCAUCUUGCAACUAGAAAACUUUUUCUAGGCCAUUAAGCUAGACUGUCUCAUGACUUCAAUCAAACUUGGAGUAAAAUGGUUAAUUAAGGAAAAAAGAAAGAAUGAUUUAGGUUGGUUUUUCAUAGGUUUUUGUUUUAACCUUUAUAUAAGAAGCUACUAACGUAAAAUAUUAGACUUUUAGGAUAUGUAUAACUAUACAUACAACUAUAGUUAUACAUAUCCUCAUUUAAAUAUUCUAUGAUUAUGAUACUUAGACUCUAGAUUAUGCCUAUCUGUAACUAUUUCUUUAGCCAAUCAUUUUCUGUCUACUGCCAAGAACAGGAUUCUCUGCCAUCGUGCAAAUGUCCUGUUGUGUUUACUUCUCACUCUUAAUUUUUAAAACUGUGAUUGUGCCCUUGACUGUCCCAUGGUGUUGUUGCUAUGAAGCUGAACAAUAGUGAACAGGGUAUGUUUGUGUAUAGUUCCAUGUGACCUUGAUUAUAUUUUAGCUAUUUAAAAAAUAUUAAAUUGGAGGAUCUUGACAGAAAAAAUAACUAUAUGCAUGAUUUCUCUAAUAGAUUGAUGUGCAAUGCUGAGGGGUUUGUCCUUUUAGCUCUCCCACAGGAUGGAUGUAGGCAGUGUCACAUUCAUUAUGCUAACUGGAGAAGAUUCAUUGCUUCUAGAUUAUAGUGACAGAACUCAGCAAGAUAGUUUCUAGGAUGUCAAGUGAGCAGUUCUUCAGCAAAAGUUAUGGAGGAGAGGGGGAAUUAAAAGAUUAUUUCCUUGUCCUCCCUGUGAUUUCUUUCUGUACAGUGCACUAAUGCAGUAUUGCAUUCCAUUUGCACCAUUCCAUAGGGAAAGACCUGGUAGUUUUCUGCCUUCUGAAUGGAAUAUUACAAAAGAUAUUAAGGAAUCUUGGAGUAGAUUCCUAUGAUUUUAUUAACAAUGUUUCUAUUUUAGAAUAAUGUUCCUCAAGAUUAAAAAAAAAAUAAUGUAACAGGGGCACCUGGGUGGCUUAGUCAGUUAAGUGAUUUCAUCUCAGGUCAUGAUCUUGUGGUUCCUGAGCUUAAGCCCUGCAUUGGGCUGUGUGCUGACAACUAGGAGCCUGGAGCCCACUUCAGGUUGUGUCUCCCUCCCCCUCUGCCCCUUCCCCACUCGCGCUCUCUCUUUCUCUCUCAAAAGUAAAUAAACAUUUUUUUAAAAAUCCCUUAUUUAAAAAAAUGAUGUAACAAUAGUGUCCUGUCAUCUUUUUUUUUUUCAGUUUCUUCAAAGUGGUAUGUUCUACAAAGCCCUAAAUUCUCAAUUGUCUAGAGUCUCUCCCAAGCACUAAGUUAUAUAGGAAGGCCAAGAGUAGUCACAAAUGGACACUGCACCUGGAUACUAACAGAAAGAUGGAUGUUUUCUGAUUCCAUAUACGCAUCUAACCCACUGGUGCACAAACAUUUUAGAUCUGGUAGGAGCCAAGACCCAGUGGCUGCUCAGUAAGUAUUGUAGGAAAGGAUUUUUAUAGUUACAGAGACAUUUGGUUUAGCACUUUCAAACUUCUUUGUAGCCUACAAAAGAAACGGUUUCCAUCACCAUCCAUUAAGUACAGUUAUAGUGAACAUAUUAAUAUAUAUUAAAUAGUUUUAUAUACUUAAAACUGAGGUAAGUUUUAUUAAACUACAUGCUACUAUACAUGGUCAGUUUUUUUCACUCCAUCUCUCCAUCUCUUUAACUUAGGGAAUAUAUUCAUAUUUGAACAAUUACUAUUUGGGAUACACAAGUCAAAAGAAUAAAACAGUGAAUGGCAAAGUCUCCUUUCUUUCCCAGAGGCUCACCACUCCUGUAGGCCACUGUUGUAAGCAACUUCCUGUGUAUCUGCAUGAGUGGGGGAUGGGCAGAGAGAGGGAGGGAGAAUCCCAAGCAGGCUCCGUACUGCCAGUGUGGAGCCUAACGUAGGGGCUCCAUCCCACAAACCACCAUGAGAUCAUGACCUGAGCUGAAAUCAAAAGUCGGAUACUUAACCGACUGAGCCACCCAGGAGUCCCUAGAAUUCCUUUCAGUUAAGCAAGAUUUUUAUUUCUGCUUUUCAGUUUUAGAAAAAAAUGCUCUUGCUAAGAUAUUAAUUGAAAAAGAGAGUCCUAAAGUUCUGUUUACAUCAUUUGUGUUAGGAACAUACACUUUUCCUGGUCUCUGCCAUCCACUAUCAUUCUUGUUAAAAUCAUCAAUAAAAGUGAUGGUUCCAUUGAC